AACCGGAAACAGCGGCGCGUGAAGGCGGGCGGGGGGAGGGGAGACAGCGGCCGCCGAGCAGACACUGAGGAGUGCUGGGUUUGAAACUUUGACUGAUGAAUUGUGUGUCAAGCUGAAAGGCCGACAUAACGAAAGUGAAGAGGCACGAGAAACUGAUUGCUAUCCAGUCUACAAACAGCAAGAGCUGAGGCAAAAGGGUAUACCUUUCCACUACCAACUGAGAAGAUUCCUUCAUUGUCCAAAAGCACUGGGAAAAGUCCAAAGUGUUUCUCUAAAAUAAGUUCCUACGUGGACUGCACACUUCAAUUGAACAGCAAAGCAGAAAGUUGCAGUGCAAGAUCAAAGUCUGACUUACCAGUACAAUUAAACCCUGAUCAUUUUUCCACGAAAAGGAAAAAGGAAAAGAAAAUGAUGCAAAGUAUAUCGGGGCUAGAGAAGGCCAAAUCAAUGAAGAAUAGUUCUGUCCCAGCACCGAUCCAUUCAAGUUCAAUUUCCUCUGACUCCAGUGAAACCGAAAUGGACCUGUGCGAAAAUGCGGAGGCCUUGAAAGCUUCUAAAGCUUUGCCAGCCCAAGGCAAGAGAUGGGUGGGGGAUAGAAACCGAACUCAAAAGGACGGCCAAGCCAGGCCUGCUGAUAAAGCAUUAAAGAAGAGUUCUGGCAACAUCAGUGGACUCAGCAAGCAACGGCAGAAUAAGAGAUGGAAGAAGGCUGCGAAAGGUGGAAGCAAAAGAAAUGCAGAUGGGAGCCCUGCUACGGACAUGAAGCUUAAAGACAGAGGGCAAGAGUUUAAGGAAGAGGCUCAGUGGUACACCGACCCACUUACAGAUAAUAUAAUGUCCAACAAUUCAAAAAGCAAGUUAGAGACUGCUUACAAGAGCCGCUUAAGUUCAUUUACUGAUACGGACCUAUUAGAAAAAUUGCCAGCAUCAAUUAAAGAUCUGUGUAUUGAUGAUAGUUAUUCCACAGACUACCUCUUGACCGGUGCAUUUGUUGACGGUCACUUUGUUGACAUCCCCACGUUACUUGAUGAAAAAGAAUUCAGUGAAAUUUUAGAUUGCUCUCGAACAAAGUCGGACUCAUUGGAUGGUCUGCAGAAAUCAGUGGAGCUCUUCUGUGAAGGAGACAUUAAUCAGUCAGCACUCGAUUCGAGUGCGUUUGACUUGAAGCAAGACAGUGGAAUCGUAAACUUCACCGCAAGCAAAACUGAAGAGCUCGAAGAGGAAUGCAGUAUAAUAUUGGACGGAUUGUCAUUGCUAGAUGAGAAUAGUAUAUGGGAGGAUGGCCCAACAGUGAGUAGGGUGGAAUCUUUAGGAUCUCCGUUGAGUGUACCAUGUCCAGAUCAAUUCGCCUCUGACCAAGUCAGAUUUUGGUUGUCAUCUUGUGUUCCAGCCAGCGUUGAUGAGACUGUAGCACCCUCAUUCUUCAAGAAUGACGCCUUGUUGCCUGUGCAAGAUAAUGGUUGGAAAGGUCAUUACGAAAUCAGUUUUUCUGCCUUAAAAGAUCAGUGCGAUAACUGCGUGUUUUCUCCUGGUAACACAAACAGUUGGGAAAGUGACUCCCAGAAAGGAAUGGUUACUUUAGAACCAACUCAAUCUCAUGCACUAGUUUCUACUGAAGGCGAGAUCCCUGUUGAAAUUAAUUCCAGUUUCAAACCCACAUUUAAGGAUGACUGGUCAGGCUUGUGUGAAACGCAACCAGGAGACUUAAUGGACCAUGUAAGAAACAUUGAAUCAGAAACCUUUCCUAUUGAGCUGAACAUGGCUGCUUGCAUCGCCACAGCUUGCUCAGAAGAUGACCUGCUCAGUCUGCUUCCAGGUAGCGAGUAUCUACAGUUGGAUGAUAGUCUCUUAGUUGAGUUUCAAGUUGAGCGUACAGUCACGCCCCCGAAAGACAAAGCGGACGUGGCAAAUCCAGCUGUGCAGCUUGGUGACGCGGAAGCAAAGAAGUGGGGUUCGAUCUUUGGAAUCUGUGAAGAGAACCUUUUUGAAAACACUGACGACUUAAAAUCAAGAGCUAUCGAAAAAAUAUGGAAAGUAGCUCCUGACGAGGACAAAGCCGCAUUGCCAAAAAGCAUAACAAAGGUCACGGGUUGCCAGACUUCCUUAGGCACAGAGUUGCCUUUAGAGGAAUCUGUUGUUUCAAAGCUGCAGGACAAUCUGGUCCAGAAAUCCGAAUGUAAUUUCUGGGAGGAAAAAAGGGGAAUAACGGAGCGUUUGGGCUCUAUGGACACAGUGCUGGCAGCAGAUGGCAAUGAAUGGGAACCUAAUUCUAAGGAGACGAGAGCUCCAGUCACAGGAGGAGUGGAGCAGCUGUUCGCUCAGAGUAAUGUGAGGAACGAGGCGUUCUCUCCAUCAGAUGGUACAAAUCUGAAAUCUGCCCCCCCAUAUAGUACAACUGGGCAGCCCAGCAGUCUUGGUGGUGACGAAAAGUCUUCAACAAACUCUAGUGUUGAAAAUGUAGAGAAGCAGAGUAAGAGCAAUGUCAUACCUGUCGUGUUACCUGAAUGUUUAUGGGGAAGUUUAAGAGAUAUCCUGGACGACUCGAGAGAGUCUAGCGAUAGCUUUCCCCACUUUGAGCUUGGUGCUCCAAUUGCAAAAGAACAGAGCCCGUCAGGCUCGCUGGAUUACAGCAGUAUUGACCAAGUGAACGCACUGUCCAGGACUAUCCCCAAAUUCUGUGAAAAUGUCACACGGUCAAGCGGCGAAGGGUUACAGAGUGCAUCAUUGCCUCAGGAUUACUCUACCUCUGAGCAAACACCAAGCAGGUUUUGUGGUUCAAAGUCUGAGGGAGAUAAAGGGAAAUCUGAGUGCCAUAUUAUUGCCAAUCCCAGCCUCAUUAAAGAGGGUCUCCCUCAAACGACGGAAUUCCAGGCAACAAAAUAUAAAGAGACCGGAAUGGACAAAGGCAGUCGAGCAACUCGGGAAACUGAUAAAGAUCUGCUGAACACUGUCCAGUUAGGGCUCCAGGCUCUAGAUCUGGAAAAUAAUGGAAACGUGGCAGAGAAAACUCAGGCAAAUGUUUCUGAGUGUCAAGAUAGAACUUUUUUGAGAGGAGGUGAUGGCGCCCAGCAGGAGCUGCAGAUGUGCAGAGGAACCCAAAAUGAGCUAGAGCCAUGCAAGCCAAGCUGUUCUGUCUCACAUCAACAUUCUGAGAUUUCCCCAGCCCAAGCAAGGAGCCACAAGGAGAACGAUUGUCCCAAAGGCUCAAGCUGCCAGGUCAUAAACAACCAGGAGAGGUCAGCCUCGACCUUUUCAGAAAAUGCAGAUUGUGUAUGCAGCAGAACGUCCAGUAAUCGAGUAGCAUGCUCGGAUGCCAAACAUCAAGAAGAGCCAGAGCAUUCGAAACCAGAAGACCGCGACACAGACCACAAAAUGUAUAGAAGUACGGAGGAAUAUAAAACGUAAGGCUACACAGAAGCCAUCCUGCUUGUACAAAGUUGCCAUUCCGUUCAUUUGCCCUCACCAGACAGAACAACUUCCACUAAAGUGAACGGUUCAUCAAUGGGAAAAAAUCAACCUCAUAACUCUACAAUGUUGCCUUGCCUUCUCACGGCAUCUUCAGAUCAAUGUGGUAAUAGCUAAAAAUAAACACUAAUUUGUUGUCUAUUGAGGAACCUGUGGCGGUUGGCAGUUCCUGAUCAGUUUGACCAUCUACAAGGGUUCAUCAGAUCGUCUGUCACAACUGUGUCCGGCAUUCCUCAGCCCUGUGAUUUGUUUUACUAGCGCUUAUUCAAAACUGGCUGACGCUAACAUUUAUGGGAAGUAGAUGUGGCUGAGCUUUGUUCUGCAGGAGCUGUGAUGGAUCCAUGUGCUGAGAGAAAAUGCAGUUAUUAGCCAGAGCAAAACCCAAUCUGAUAAGCCACUAACCACCCGGCUCCAGAGUCCGUCGACCGGGCAAGUGGUAUGUCUCAGCAUUAUUGCUGCAGUAGUUAUAUAAAAAAAAUCGCUCUGACUUACGGCGAUUGAUUUGUGGGUCUUUCACAAUUCCUUCAAAAACUUUCACAUUGCAAUGUCGCACGUAUGUUAUCCUUUAUAUAUUCCGCUACUAAAAUAAAUAGUGAACGGGUAGAGUGCUUACUUAAUCCUCCUUUAGUCCUGCUCUUAAGAGUGUAAAACCCUGAAAAUGUUUUCUUUGCAUUAGUGUUUUUAAAAGGGUGUGUUAUGGCGUGGCGUCGUCUGUCAUUUUAACCAGGUUACAUUUGAGUAAUGUGUUCCUUUUUAUAUCUGUGACUGACAAGGUGAAAACGCUUCACUUUAAUUUUCGUGAUAGUCAUUUGAAAAUCGUAGAUUUUUUUUUGAAAAGCAUUUUUAAACUUGUAAUUAUGCCAUGAGCCUAUCUAUAGAGUGCAAAUGGUAGCUUCACUCACACGUGUUUUUACUGAUCUUAAAUUUAAAGGGUCAAAAUUGGGAAUAUUUUGUAAACUGAAGUCCUAUUGCCCAUUUGAAAUUGGUUCCGCAGUCGACUCAAACAGUGAGAUUUCGAUUAUAUUUGUAGCGUUAAUUUUAGCAGAAACGCUAAAUGAUUUGACUUAAAUAAUUAUGUGAGGGGAAAAUGAGAUUGUACCUUGCUAAUUAGAUCAAAUAACGUGAGUUACUGCAAUUUAUAAUAGGGGCUGCCUAUCUGUCCAGUUGUGUGUAUUCUAGAUGACCAGCACCUCUACUUGUUUUUAUUUGAUAAAGUAUAAAUGGUGCUUAUCUGCUUCGCAAGACAGGUGGCUUGUCCAAGGACCAUUUUAGACACGAGCGUAAACCAGUAAUUGUGCAUGGUUCAAGGGUAUAGAAGGGCCUUUUUUCCUCCUGGUUUGGUUUAGUUUAAUUGAACCAUAUUCAGUGACAGUUGCUAGUGCCUUUUUUUCAUUUUAAAUUUUCAUGAAAUGUUUUGUGUUGUCUGGGAUUAAAGCCUGCAUGUUUGGCGGUAAUGCCGUGGAGCGGGUAAACUGCAUAUUUAUAAUUUUUCUCCCUGAAUACAACAUCAAUUGCAUUUAUGUAGCGCCUUUCACAUUGGGGGGAGGGGUUGGUCGUCCCAAGCACUGGAAUGCAUGACUUACAUUGGUGUCUGGUCAUGUGUGAGACUGACCACCUCAGUAGGCAACUUGACUAUAGUUGAAACGAUGAGGCAUCAUAGCGCAUAGAUGAACACUCUUCUUGCCCCCAUGUCCACAUACUUGUGGGGGGGGGCAUUGGACUCCAUUUAGGAGCAGCAACCCUGGAUUGUACUUGUGAUUUUUUUCCCCCUCUCCAAGCCAGGGGCUCUCUGAAACCAAUUGCUACACAACCUCCAAUGCCCUGGCUGAGAUCAGGAUAGAUCUGUUUGGAUCCAGGAAGUCUUCCUGUAUGGCUUGGGUGAGUUACACUUAAUAUGAUUAGUAUUUUACAGUAUUAGUAGCUGUUAUUUAUACAUUUUUACAAAUAUUUGAUUGUGUAAAGGUAAGAGCUAGCCAAGAACUUAAUAACAACCGUGCUUCAUUACUUUAUAAAAUGUCCUGGUGAAAGUUUUGAAAUUUAUUAGAUACUAUUACUGACCAAUUUUUGGAUUCAAUUUGAUGGGGGGCAAGAUUUCCCUGAAUACAGUAUCCACAAUGGAUAAAAUUUUGAGCCAAACUAGUCUUACUUUUUAAAUCUGGUAUGAGAAUAGGCAAGGGCAUUUAUCAAUGCUCCGUGCACGUUGGAAGUAGAUGAAUCUGUGCAGGAAGAUUACAAUAUGGAUCUCUGUAAUCAUGACCCAAGAUUAGUUUUCAGACGCAUUCAUACUCUUAGUUGAUGAGAGAGGGAGAGAUGUGUUCUUUGUAAGUUGCUCAAUAAAAGUCUUCAAAUAUGGUCCUCAAUUUGGUUUUCUAAGAACGUAGAGGCACGGAAUGAACAAAAGGCCAUUGGGCCUGUCCAAGCUCACUUCCUUCCACCGCAUUUCUUUCAAAUGCUCCAACUAAAGAACUGUCUUUGCCAAAAAGUUGCUUUCUGAAAUUUGUUUUGUAACGUUGUGCUGAAAGAAUAUCAUAGUCAUGGAUUCUGCAUCAAGUAGCAUCAUUAUUACAAAUGCAUAAUCUGAUUGAUUUUUAUAUCUUUAAGGCAUGGGGCUGGUUUUCUUCUAUUAUCAUUUUAAUUUUCAAUGUAUUUUUAUCGGACAUUGUUUGUCAACAUUUUGCAUAACCCAAAUAAAAUCAAAAGUGUUAAAUAAUGCAAA